UAUGUUGGUAUUUAGUGUGAUUUUGCAGAAGUGAGGGGUGUGUUUGUUUUGUUGUGGGUAUUUGAUGAAAUCACAUUAAUUGUCAAGUACAGAAGUGCAUUUGCAUACAGUAAACUUUAUGUCCGAUAAGUUUCGUGGCUAAGUUAAUUGUGUUAGAAGUGUUCCCUGCAAUUUCUUAAUUCAUAAUCAAGAUGAAAACCUCACCACUAAAUCUUUGUCUACAUUGAUUGCACAAACGGAAUACUGUUAUUAAUUAUUAUGAUGUUGAAGCAGAACUGAAUAUUAAGGGUUAUUGUCAGUUAGUGAAGAUCAACAAAUUCAGCAUGCAGGGACCAAUAAAAAGUGUUCUUAGAAGAAUCACGACUCUUGGAAGUGUCAGGGCAGAUGAAACUCAACCCAUUGAAUCAAGCUUCAAUGAGCAGAAAAUGAAUGAAGAUACAAAUUCUGUUACUAAAGAAACAUCCGGACCAGAAUUUAACAGACUGAAUGUACGUUACUCUUCUACAACGAAACUUACUCCUGAUGACUCAAGAUGUCCCCGCCCUAGUGUUUCAACAUUUUUAAUAUUAUCAUUGGUAAUCAUUCUGGUCAUCGUUAUCCCUAUUAUAAAUCUGAAUUCUCAGUGGCCAUCAGACGAAUUUAAUCGUGUUAUCACAGAUCAUAGCCACUCUAAUCCAAGAAAAGAAAUUGUACAAGAAAGGGAAAAAACAGUAGUUUUUCAUAACAUAAUGAGACAAGUUGUAGAAAAAGUGGCGCACAAUAACAGUAUGUUUUCCAGCCAUAUCAUUCGUCCAUCAACAAGUGUUACAACCAAGCAAUGUGAACAAAUUUCUGAUGAAUUUAAAUUUGAUUGUUAUCCAGAAGAUGGAGCAACUGAGUCACGUUGUAAGGCAAGAGGAUGUUGUUGGGUCUCCAGAAAUAAGAAACUGUUGAAUAAGGAUUCUGUUGAAAACAGUAGGGUACAUCACGCGUCCUUAAAUGUUCCAUACUGCUUUUAUCCUUCUGGUUAUGGUGGCUAUAAAUUCAUCAAUAUAACUGAAACACCAUCAGGCUCAAUUUCAUUCCUUAAAAGGACAUUCAAGUCACCAUACCCUGGUGAUGUAGCAGUGAUUAGGAUGGAUAUUAGAUAUGAAACAGAACAGCGGCUUCGUAUAAAGAUUGUAGAUCCACUUCACAGCCGGUUUGAACCUCCAUAUCCUGAGGUUCCAGUAAUGGAACAUAAUUUACCCACUAUGGACUAUCAGGUGCAACUUGACAAGACCAAAACAGGCUUUAAAGUUGUGAGGAAAAGUGACAGUGUGGCAGUUUUUGAUGCACAAGAUGUGGGAGCAUUUAUAUUUGCUGACCAAUUCUUGCAGUUAUCAGCUUUUCUGCCCUCUGACUACAUAUAUGGCCUUGGAGAACAUAGAUCUACAUUGCUGCUGUCCACACACUGGCAAAGAUUCACAAUGUUUAACCAUGACCAUGUACCUGAAGAAAAUACAAAUCUCUAUGGCAGUCAUCCUUUUUAUCUGGUAAUGGAGAAAAGUGAAAAGAGCCAUGGUGUGUUUCUUCUCAAUAGCAAUGCUAUGGAGGUGAUCCUUCAACCAGCACCAGCCAUCACAUUUCGAACUGUGGGAGGGCUCCUAGACUUCUUCAUUUUCUUAGGCCCCAGUCCACAGAAUGUUAUACAGCAAUAUACAGAAGUAAUUGGAAGACCAUACAUGCCUCCUUACUGGGGAUUAGGAUUCCAUCUUUGCAGGUUUGGUUACAACAGCUUGAAUAACACACGGGAAGUUUGGAUGAGGACUCGGGAAGCAGGGAUUCCACUGGAUGUGCAAUGGAAUGAUCUCGACUACAUGAACAACUCCAAUGAUUUUACAUAUGACAGAGAGAAGUUCAAGUAUUUACCUGAGUUUGUGGAAGAAUUACAUGAGCUGGGGAUGCAUUACAUUCUACUAAUAGAUCCAGGAGUUAGUGGAAGCGAAAAGCCAGGCACUUAUCCACCUUAUGAUGAAGGCCUUCAAAUGGACAUCUUCAUUAAAAAUACCAGUGGACAACCAUUUGUUGGAAAGGUAUGGAAUCGUGUCUCUACAGUGUGGCCAGACUUCACACAUCCUCGCACUGUUGACUACUGGCUGCGACAGUUGAAAAGACUUCAUCAGGAAGUUCCAUUUGAUGGAGCAUGGAUUGAUAUGAAUGAACCAUCCAACUUUUUGUCUGGCAGUACCAAGGGCUGUCCAGAUAACAAUCUAGAACAUCCACCAUAUUUUCCAGCAGGAGUGAAUGGUGGCAGGCUGUUUUAUAAUACACUGUGUAUGUCAAGCACCCAAUAUGCAGGGCGCCAUUAUGAUAUACACAAUCUCUAUGGCUUUACUGAAGCAAUUGUUACAAGUUUUGUUAUGACAGAAAUUAGAGAGAAACGCCCUUUUGUGAUCUCUCGUUCAACAUUUGCUGGUCAUGGGCUAUAUGCUGGUCAUUGGAGUGGUGACAUAUCAUCAUCAUGGUAUGAUAUGAAGAAGACCAUUCCACAACUUCUGAACUUCAAUUUAUUUGGAAUUCCACUAAUGGGUGCAGACAUAUGUGGAUUCAAUAGGAACACAACUGCAGCACUCUGUCAGCGUUGGAGUCAACUGGGUGCAUUUUAUCCAUUUUCUCGCAAUCAUAACACAGAUGAUGGCAUUCCACAAGAUCCAGUGGCAUUGGGACCUGCAGUGGUGCAGUCAGCUCGCAAGUCUCUGCUGGUGCGUUACUCACUGCUGCCAUAUCUGUACACCCUCUUCUGGAGGGCUCAUGUGCAUGGAGAUACUGUUGUGCGACCUUUGUUCUUUGAGUUCCCAUCAGAUGUUCACACUUACAGCAUUGAUGAGCAGUUUCUGUGGGGUUCAGCUCUCAUGAUAGUACCUGUCCUGGAAGAGGAUAAGACAGAGGUGUCAGCCUAUCUUCCACAUGCAUUGUGGUAUGACUUCUACACAUUGGCUGUAGUACCAGGUAGUGGUACACAGCAUACUCUAUCUGCACCACUGGACACCAUCCCUCUACUAAUACGAGGUGGCAGUAUCAUUCCAACACAGGCUCCCAACAUGACAACCACAGAAAGUCGGAAAAAUGAUUUUGAGCUGCUGAUAGCCCCAGAUAAGGAUGGCCGUGCCACUGGCUCUUUGUACUGGGAUGAUGGUGAUUCACUCAAUACGUAUGCAGAUCGACGGUACAACUUUCUGAACUUUACCUUGGCUAAGUCACAUCUCACAGGAUCUACAAUUUGGUGGGAAUAUAGUGCCAUGCCAGUUUUAGAUAAGGUCACAGUCCUUGGAAUACAGAAGCCAGUGAAGUCUGUAUUUGUGAACCAGGCUUCUAAACCAUUCUCUUACCACACCAUGAACAAGUUUAUGAAGGUUGAGAACUUGAAACUUCGUCUGAACAACUCGUUCUCUAUCCACUGGAUAUAAAAUAAAUUAAGAUAAUAGAACAUGGUAUUUGAGGUAAGUGAUACUGUGAAGGCCAGCAUAGUUACAAUCAUUAAAUAAAGUGACUGGAAAUGAAUAGAUGGGUAUGUUUAGCUCAUUAAUUUGUGAAGGCAAAUGUUCCAUUUCAAUUUGUAGCGUUGAAUUGUUAAUUCUAUUUGAUGGGGUAGGGACUGUAAGUGAGAAUUCUAGUCCAACAAAAUCAAGAAGAGUGAAUUUACAGAUGUAAAGACUGUCUGACUAGAAUAUUAAUUUGUAUUAGGUAAAUCUAAAUGUUUCUGAUGAUGUUAUUACAAUAAACAUGACUAUUGUUAUUCUCUAGCAAUUGAGACUAGCUCAUUAUAAGCACCACAACCAAGUAAGAAUUCUACUUCUCUUUUACUUAAUGAUGUAAACAGAACCAGUUUCUGAAAUGUGUUUGGAAAACAGCAAGGAGAUUGAUGAUAUUAAUAAUGACAAUAUUGUUUAUUAAUUUGUAUGUUUAACUUUCCUUCCAAGUGCCAAAUUUAUGUACAUCGUACCACUGUGAAAUGUAACUACAAACUAACAAGUGUGAUUACAUUGUCAAUAGACCAGCUAGUCAUUUUCCUAGUCUGUUGUUGUUGCGACUUAAAAUUGUGUAUUCUAAACACGUGGCUAGCAGGCAUAGUCUCAUAAAGGUUGCUUUCACUUUGUAACUAUAUAAAAGAAAGCAUAGUAAAGAUGAAUAAAUGCUGUUAUGUGACAUAUGUUGGUUGUAAAGUGAACUAGAAGGAAUGCUGUACAUGUUGAAAUCAUAUUACAAGCUUAAGGUUCAAUAAUUAAUUUUAGCAUAAAUUUUGAAAUUAUUACAGUUUUCUAUGACCAACACAUACCAAUGUGUUAUAAUGCUAAUAGGACUUGAAUGCAGCUACCUGAGUUUUGUCUAGACUGCACUGAAGAAAUAAGUCCUGGAAAGGUUAUCAACUCUUUUUCUUGAAUUAUAACUUAGAGAAAACUGCAUAUCCCCAGUUAACUGACUAGUGUACAGAGUAGCUUAGUGGUACCAAACUGUGGUCUGCAUGCUACUGUUGUUGGUUUUAUUUAUAAUUUUGCCUUCUUUUAGAGUGAACUGAUGCCACUUUGAAAUCCAUGACCCAUUCAAUAUGUCAGUUUUCUUAGUAAUGCCAUAGGAACAAUAAGUGGCAUGGAUUGACUGAAAAUAGUUUGUGAGUGUUUUCUGUUUUCUCUAAAUUGUGUUGGGGAAGAGGAUAUUUGUUUGAAGGUAAUGUCAUGACUGGCAGGGGGGACAUGCUCAGAAAAUUGACUUUAGCUAUGAAUGCGGACAGUCCGCAGCCUGUGUAAGAGCUCAGUUCUCCAAUCCUUUAUGUAACCAAAAUACUAUAUAUGUUAGAAAUUACCAUAAUUAUGUAUAUUCAUAAUAUGCUUUGAUUAUCCUCUGUAGGCAGUAAAACUAUGUAACAUCAGCAUGUAUAAUGUACCUUAAUUCACAGUGGAAGCUUGUUAAUAGAGAAUUGAUGAUGCGUACAGUAAAUAAUUUUAUUUUAAAAAGAUUUUAAAAUAAUUUUGUGUAAAGUGAGGUUUUUGUAAGUUGGGUCAGGUGUAACCUGAAUACGGUCUGUAACAUUGGACAAGUAACAUGUAACAUUAGUUUAUCACUAGAAAUGGAAAAAGUUUGUACUUUUUGUGAAAGUAGUUGAUUACUUCGUAUUACAUAGAGCAGUCUGAGUAGUAUUUAAUGUCAUUAAAUACCUUGCUGAUAAUGCUCACAUGUAAACUGUAACUGUAAUAUGAGUAAUAUUUCUCUCAUAGCAGAAAUCAGAAGAGAACACUGUUCAAAUGUGCUAAUGUUGGAGCUUGGAUCACGGAAUACAGUAGUGGGUCACGUCAACUGUCGUAAGAAUACUGAGUGACCUGUGUAUAUCAUGAAGUUGCUCAUUAUGUAAUAUUGUAAAUUUCUCACGCACUUCAACCAUGUUAGCUCUCUAAGCAUUUUACUUUCAAACACUUUUAAUUCUUGUACUACUGCUGUCAAAGUGAGGGAUGACAAUUUUGGCCGUCCAAGAUCAAUACGUCGUACCUGCCACUUCCAGUGUCAUAAGAAAACAUGUCAAGAGAUAAAUAUUAUUUUAUUUAUAAGGAUUAUGUACAAGUUGGUAAUAGAAAUGUUCAGAUGAAUUCUUCAUAUAAUAUUUAGAUCUCUGUAGGCAAGUAACUACUGUUAAUGGAAAUUUAUGUGUUAAAAUGUUUUGCAAAGAAAGAAGUAAAAGAUUGGUUUGAAGGGUUCUGAUGAUGGUGUGUUGCAGUAAGCUCAACUGUCAUUUCAGAAAUUAUCCAUCAACUUGAUUACAAUGGCAAUGUCAAAAAUAACGGUCGAGCUUAAGAAGUAAAUGACUUUCGUGGAAAUAAACAUUUGACUGGGCCACAAAAGCCAGAGGAAUUAAAAUCCAAGAAUAGUGUGAAGUUUGUCUCCAUAUUAGAAGUGUGACGAAUGUCAGACUUAAAGAUAAUGUUCGAACUACACUAAUAUGACCUCGGUGGCAGUUAUGGCUGAGUGGAAAAGUGAAAUUCAUGCAGUAAGUAGCGCAGUAGGUAUGUUGCCAACAGUGUUUAGCCAGUGUAUUUUUGUUUGAUUUCUGAUCAUUUAGUUCAGUUAUUCCUAAGAACAAAUUAUAUGUGUUGGAAACUAUAGAACCAAAGAAGAGGUCCAUACUGUUUACAUUCAUUUCUGGAGAUGUGGCAGUUCUAAAAUGUUGUACACUUGAACACUCUUAAUAUUUGAAUACUGUAGAUGUUAAUUAAGCACGCAUUGAUUAUUGUUCCAUUGAUUAUUAACGCACAACUUGUUCUGUUAUUCUCUUGUGUAUGACAUAUUGCUGAGCAUUUAGAUUUUAAAAUGGUAGUAACAGUUCAGAAUAUUAGUCCUUGUGAUACUGUGUAGGGUCAGAUAGUACUUUAAGUAUUUAAAUUAAUGUAAAAGCAGUACAUUUAGAUAUCUUUGAAACUUCAUGUCAUUUACAAGCAUUUAUUAUCAAGAGUUAUUUCACAGUUCUUUUGUUCUAGAGUAUGAAUAUUAAAUAAAAUAUGCAUCAUUGAUGUU